AUGUCUGACGAUAUAGAGAGGUGCUGUGAAAAACUGUGCACGCGGCAGACUCUGUUUGGAGAGCUUCUGGACAAGGUGGCAGUCAGACGGUUGGUAGGUCCAGUAUAUCACCAGUGGGAGCCACUGGUUUAUCACUCGCUGUCACAAGUUCUCCGCCACAUUGACACGCUUGGGUUCAACUGCCUCCUCACUGAAUACAUCGCCUUCAUCCAUCGGCCCAGUAAUAAGAGGUACCUCGAUUACUACCUCCAGUUCACAGAGAUCUGUGUCAACACCAUCCUAUACUGGCUGUUUGCCCGUAAAACCAGCCCGCCACUAGUGCAGAAACUGCUGGAGAGAACCAUCAGCUACCUGGGAGACAAGGACAGCUGUUUGUCACUAAUCUGGAGAACCUUCUCACCAGUGUACAAUCCAAACCCACUGAGAGGUGUGACCCCUUUACAAUAUGUAGCUCAAUGCAGGCAGUCGGGCAUUCUGAAGAUAUUACUCCAGUAUGGGAUACUAGAGAGGGAGCACAGACCCAUGUCCACAGUCCUCAUCGUUCUCUUCUACCCACCUGUUACAAGGGGGAAUGACCAAGAGUUCACAGAAACAAUAGAGGAGGCAAAAUUAUGCCUCAGUUUAUGCUUUAGAGUGAUGUGUCGCAUACAUGUCGCAAAGAUUAAGGAACAAGUCAAAAUCAGAGGGCAACCUCUCAUUUCUAACUGGUUGGAUUGCAUACCUGUGGGAAGAUAUCAAGAGCCUUGUGAGCUCGUACACCUCUGCAGAAUGUCUAUUAGAAGUUGCCUGCUAACCAACAGCCUGCUGCCCAGUGGAAUAUCCUCACUGUCGCUUCCCAAAUCACUUCAGAAUUACUUGAACUUGGAAAGAUAACAAUCUCCCUCCUCCCCACCCACCUCUCCCUUAGCUGCAGGCCUGUUUAACAGAAUGGGAACAGGGACAACAGAAAGAGAAAGAAAACCCUAACCCUUCAGGAGAGAAAA